UGUACCAAACUUCAUUGUACACUUACACCACAUACACACGCACUCUCUCUCUCUAUCUCUCACGCUUUCUCAAUCUUUGUUCGUCAGUUUAUCUUUUUUUUCUUUUUUUUCUCUGUGAAUUCAUUUUCUUUUUUUCUUCUUGUGUGUGUACUUUUCGUUUGAUUGAUUUCUCUGCUUCGCCAUGGAUGAAGAGUAUGACGUCAUCGUUCUUGGUACCGGUCUUAAAGAGUGCAUUCUCAGUGGCCUUCUUUCCGUUAAUGGACUCAAAGUGUUGCAUAUGGACAGAAACGACUAUUAUGGUGGGGAGUCGUCCUCCCUUAAUCUUACACAGCUGUGGAAACGUUUUAGGGGAAGCGAUAAGCCUCCAGAAAGUUUUGGUGCAAGUAGGGAGUACAAUGUUGAUAUGAUACCUAAGUUCAUGAUGGCCAAUGGUUCUUUGGUCCGAGUCCUUAUCCACACAGAUGUCACCAAGUACUUAAAUUUCAAGGCUGUAGAUGGUAGCUUUGUCUAUAACAAAAAAAAGAUUUAUAAAGUCCCAGCAACUGAUGUUGAAGCACUGAAAUCAACCUUGAUGGGACUCUUUGAGAAGCGGCGUGCUAGAAAGUUCUUCAUAUAUGUCCAAGACUAUGAAGAGGAUGAUCCGAAAUCCCAUGAAGGGAUGGAUUUGAAUAAAGUUACAGCGAGAGAGCUUAUCAUGAAAUAUGGUCUAGAAGAUGAUACAGUUGAUUUUAUUGGCCAUGCCUUGGCACUCCAUAGUGAUGAUACUUACUUGGAUAAGCCAGCCAUGGGUUUUGUGAAGAAAAUGAAGCUCUAUGCAGAGUCUUUGGCACGUUUUCAAGGAGGAUCUCCUUAUAUCUAUCCACUCUAUGGUUUAGGAGAGUUGCCUCAGGCAUUUGCGCGGUUGAGUGCAGUUUAUGGUGGCACUUACAUGCUCAACAAGCCAGACUGUAAGGUGGUUUUUGAUGGUGAUGGGAAGGCAAUUGGAGUAACCUCUGAGGGAGAAACUGCUAAAUGCAAGAAAGUUGUUUGUGAUCCAUCAUACCUACCCGAUAAGGUUCAAAAGGUUGGAAAAGUUGCCCGAGCUAUAUGCAUAAUGAGCCAUCCUAUUCCAGAUACCAAUGACUCUCACUCGGCCCAAGUUAUUCUUCCUCAAAAGCAACUUGGUCGUAAAUCAGACAUGUACCUAUUCUGCUGCUCAUAUGCUCACAAUGUAGCUGCAAAAGGAAAAUACAUUGCUUUUGUUUCAACAGAAGCAGAGACCAGUGACCCUGAGGUGGAAUUGAAGCGCGGCAUUGACCUAUUGGGACCUGUUGAUGAGAUAUUCUACGACACUUACGACAGAUUUGUACCGACAAACAACCAUGAAGCUGAUCAUUGCUUCAUAUCCACCAGUUAUGAUGCAACUACGCACUUUGAGUCUACGGUCGAAGAUGUGCUUGCCAUGUACACCAAGAUUACUGGAAAGGUGCUUGAUCUUUCUGUGGAUCUUAGUGCUGCGAGUGCUGCUGCUGAAGAAUAAUAAUUUUUUAAAAAAAAAAAAAAAAAAAAACUCUUCAAAUAUCUUAUAUUCACAUGCUGCAGUCUUAGCAGAAGAGUUAUUUUUUCGCUUUGGAUUAUAUAAUCUUCUCAAUUCUUCAUGUUGGGGGGGGGGGGGGGGG